AUGUUCAGCCGAACCCUCGCACCAGCACUCCGCCAAUCGAGCCGCGCGGCGCUUCCUCGCGCGAUAGGAUGUCGACAACCACAACGCUUCAUAACCUCCGAUGGAGCAAGCGACGAACCCCAGAAGCGAACGAGCUACAAACGCCAGAAUCAAGGGUUCAACUACCGGGAAGUAUCGACUAUACACAGUGCACGUGCAAAAGUUACGGGUGGACGGGCGGCGGGGCAUGUAGAAGGUGAGAACCUCAAGGUAGACCUUGCCAUGCCCGGUACUGGGGAAGCAGGAAAAACUAACCCCGAGGAACUUUUUGCUGCUGGAUUCGCCGCGUGCUGCGAUCUAGAGAAAGUCAACCUGGCACUUAAAGCAGAGAUGCACGUUAAAGCCAGGGGUGUGGACAAGGAGACCAUGGACAAACUUAUAUCUCAAGCGCGCUUGAGGUGUCCGUACAGUAAGUUGACCUUCAAAAUGGUCUGGGUAACGUACACGAGUGAAAUUAUGGAGUAG